AUGUGCUCCCGCGGGUCCUGCCACAGCCACGAGACCUCGUGCCAUGAGUCCCACUCCUCCUGCCAGCCGGGGCCCUCCUGCCACUACACCGUCCAGAGGCAGCCCGUGCAGAAGUUCAGCUACGUGACGCCCUGCUGCCCGCCCGUGCAGCGCUACUGCCCUCCAAUGCAGCCCUGCUGCCCUCCAAUGCAGCGUUAUUGCCCCCCGGUCUGUCCCCAGGCCACCAAGAACAUCUGCAAGCUGCCACCCUCGUACCCCAAGUACUGA